AUGUUAGAGGGAAAAUCUAAAAUAAAAAAUAAUGAAGACCUUGCCCAGAAUUCAAUUUAUUUAAUGGUGCUACAUACAUAAAAUUAGAAUAAGUUGGUUAAGGGAGAGAAAGUAUUGUAUAUAAAGGAGAAAAUAUUUAAACCAAAGAAAUUGUGGCUAUUAAAGAACUCAAAGGAAUCAGUCAACAUAAAUUAAAAGCAAUUUAAGCAAUUUUCAGAAAGUAUUUAAGUCAUAUAAUUGAAAUAAUUGGAAUAAAAGCAGUAUAAUAAAAUUUGA